UAGUCUUCAAUUUCGCUUGUAAAUAAAUGAUUCCUCUUUAUGUUCUCCUGCCCAUUUCCAUCAUCCUGCCUGGACGCACACAGCCAGUUUAAAUUUCAAAAAAGGUUUCAAAUCUCACUGUAGAACCCUAAAAAUAUCACUCGAUCCAUCAUUGUUUUCCAUCACAAACCUUGGGUUUAUACUCUUUUUAAAUUCUUUUGUACCUCUGGAUUCGGCGUCUGGGGGGGUUUCAUCUCCAUUCACUACUCGAUCUAUAUUUUUCUUGGCUUCGAUCUGUUAUCGUGUAAGUCUUUUUCGACUUGAAACAUACAAAAAUGGAGGCGAUUGAAGAAUUGGCUCAACUUGCGGAUUCGAUGCGGCAGGCUGCGGCUUUGCUUAACGAUGAAGAUGUUGAUGCAAAUUCAUCGUCUUCUUCAAAACGCCCUUCCACAUUUCUUAACGUUGUUGCUCUUGGCAAUACCAGUGCAGGUAAAUCAGCAGUUUUGAACAGUUUGAUAGGACAUCCUGCUUUGCCAACUGGUGAAGGGGGUGCAACUCGCGCGCCUAUAUGUAUUGAAUUAAAGAGGGAUGGUAACUUAAGCAGCAAAUCAAUUGUACUGCAGAUUGAUAGUAAAUCCCAACCUGUGUCUGCAAGUGCUCUUCGACACUCAUUACAGGAUAGGCUUAGUAAAGUGUCAAGCAAGAGUCGGGAUGAAAUAUUUUUGAAGCUUAAAACAAGUACAGCUCCUCCUUUGAAAUUAAUUGAUUUGCCUGGAGUGGAUAAGGGAAAUCUUGAUGAUUCUUUGAGUGAAUAUGCUCAACACAACGAUGCAAUUCUCUUGGUCAUAAUACCUGCUGCCCAGGCACCAGAAAUUGCCUCUGCAAAAGCCCUCAGAAUUGCAAAAGAAUAUGAUGGAGAAUCAACAAGAACCAUUGGUGUGAUCAGUAAAAUCGAUCAAGCAACUUCAGAUCCCAAAGUUCUUGCUGCUGUUCAGGCACUUCUGUUGGGUCAAGGACCAAGGAGUUCAGCUGAUAUCCCAUGGGUUGCUCUGAUUGGGCAAUCAGUUUCCAUUGCUUCAGCUCAAUCUGGAAAUGUGGGGUCAGAUAACUCGUUAGAAACUGCUUGGAGGGCUGAAAGUGAAAGUUUGAAAUCUAUAUUGACAGGUGUCCCUCAAAGCAAGCUUGGUAGAUUAGCUCUUGUGGAGACCCUUGCUCAUCAAAUUCGUAGCAGAAUGAAAAUCAGGCUUCCAAGUCUUUUAUCAGGGCUUCAGGGUAAGUCACAAAUUGUGCAAGAUGAAUUGGUAAGGCUUGGGGAAUCAAUGGUGACUAGUUCUGAAGGUACAAGAGCUUUGGCUUUGGAACUUUGUCGUGAAUUUGAGGACAAAUUUCUUCAACAUAUUAUGACUGGGGAGGGAAGUGGUUGGAAAGUUGUUGCAAGUUUUGAGGGUAACUUUCCUAAUAGGAUCAAACAGCUUCCUCUUGAUAGACAUUUUGACAUAAAAAACGUGAAGAGGAUUGUUCUAGAAGCAGAUGGUUAUCAACCUUACCUCAUAUCUCCAGAGAAAGGAUUACGCUCUUUAAUAAAAGGCGUAUUGGACCUUGCAAAGGAGCCCUCACGUCUCUGUGUUGACGAGGUUCAUCGUGUACUUGCUGACAUAGUUUCAGCUUCAGCUAAUGCUACACCAGGGCUAGGGAGAUAUCCACCAUUCAAAAGAGAGGUGGUGGCAAUUGCUACAACAGCUCUGGAGGGGUUUAAGAAUGAUGCAAAGACCAUGGUGACUGCACUUGUUGACAUGGAGAGAGUGUUUGUUCCACCACAACAUUUCAUCCGUUUGGUCCAAAGAAGGAUGGAUAGACAGAGAAAAGAAGAAGAGAUUAAAACCAAAUCUUCCAAGAAGGCUGUUGAUGCAGAACAAUCCUUACUAAAUAGGGCAAGUAGUCCCCAAAAAGGUGGGAACUUAAAAUCAAUGAAAGAUACCAAGCAAGAUAAGGAUGAAAAAGAGGGGCCCACUUUAAAGACUGCAGGACCUGAUGGGGAGAUAACAGCAGGAUUCUUGUUGAAGAAAAGUGCAAAAACUAACGGGUGGAGCAGGAGAUGGUUUGUUUUAAAUGAGAAAACUGGGAAGCUUGGAUACACUAAAAAACAAGAAGAGAGAAAUUUCCGUGGUGUCAUCACUUUAGAGGAAUGUGUUGUGGAAGAAGUUGAAGAGGAAGAACCCCCAACCAAAAGCUCCAAGGACAAAAAGUCAAAGGUGGAAGAAAAACCACCGAGUCUGGUCUUCAAAAUAACAAGCAAAGUUGCAUAUAAGACUGUUUUAAAAGCUCAUAGCGCUGUUCUGUUGAAGGCUGAGAGUGGUGUAGAUAAGGCUGAAUGGUUAAACAAAUUAAGAGCUAUCAUGGGUAUCAAAGGUGGUGAAGUGGUUAUGAAGCCAGAUGGUCCUCCCAUUCGCCAUACUCAUUCAGAUGGCUCUCUUGAUACAAUGGCUAGAAAACCCGCAGAUCCAGAGGAAGAACUUCGUUGGAUGGCUCAGGAAGUGCGUGGUUAUGUUGAAGCAGUUCUCAACAGCCUUGCAGCAAAUGUCCCAAAGGCUGUUGUUCUAUGUCAAGUGGAGAAGGCUAAAGAAGACAUGCUGAAUAAGCUGUAUAGUUCUGUAAGCUCCCAGAGUACAGCUCGGAUCGAGGAGCUGCUUCAAGAAGAUGGGAAUGUAAAGCGGAAAAGGGAGAAAGUACAGAUGCAAUCCACCUUGCUCUCCAAACUCACCAGACAACUCAGCAUUCAUGAUAACCGAGCAGCUGCAGCCUCAACCAUCUCCAAUGGUAGCCCUGCAGAAAGUCCAAGAAGUAGUGGAGCAUCAUCAGGUGGUGGUGGUGAUUGGAGAUCUGCUUUUGAUUCUGCGGCCAAUGGCGGCAGCCCAUCGGGUCUUGAUUCCCGAUAUGGAUCAUCCAACGGGCAUAGUCGAAGGUACAGUGACCCGUCUCAAAACGGUGAUGAUGGUCCUGCCCCCAGAUCAAACUCCACCGGCCGCCGCACGCCCAACCGACUGCCGCCAGCGCCACCUGGCGCUUCUGGUUAUAGAUACUAGAUUAUAGUUGAAAGAAUUUGGAACUUAUGAAUUAUGAUUCAUUCAUGCAUUCUUGUUACGGUACAUUCUGUAGAACUCAUUUAUUGUAGAUAGAUAUUUGAUAUGACGGAAAUACCCUUGGUUA